CCCUGUCCGUAUAGAAGAACCUCAGUACCUUGAACUUGACUUAACAAAAUGAGAAGAAACGACUGCUGCAUUCAUUUUUGUAUCGGCUGUGUGGCCUUCCUCCAAAUCACCACCUCAGUGGCCAGAACCAUUGACAGAAUCGCGCUCAUCAAACAACUUGACCUGACGACCAUGAUUGUUGAGUCCCUUGUUGAUUUUACGUUCUUGGUUAGCGGCUCGUUGUUGACAUUCGGUGCCAUAAAGCGAAAGGCCAAGUUGGUUUACGUUCAUUUGGUCAUAACUGUCAUUUCUUUGGCUUUGUGUCCGAUUGGUCUUGUGUCUCAACUCAUGGAUGCGGACCUUCCGGCGGACGAUGGACACGCUAUACUCACUUGGAGUAGUGUGGCAUCUUUUCUGAUCUUGACUGGUUUGGAGUGCGUCGUGUUCAAGUUUUAUAAGAAUCUCAAGAACGAACAGAAGGAGGUGGACAACAUCGAGGCGACUUAUAAAAUUUAACGAGGA